AUGGCCACCCAUACUGGACUGUGUUACCUGUGCUUGGUGGUCGUAGCGAGUUGGGGUAGUCUUCACUGUUCGAGCUACACUAGGCCACUCAAGGCCACGAAGGAUGGCGACAUUAUCAUCGGCGGAAUCUUCCCUGUGCAUGAGAGCGUCAACUUCCAAGACGAUUACGAUGGAAGGCCAUCCGGCCGAAAUUGUACGAGGUACAGUGUGGCUCGCUUGCUUCAGGUUCUGAUGCUGGUUGAAGCAGUGGAGGCCGUCAACCACUCGCCUCUGCUAGGUAACCUGACACUGGGCUAUCACAUAGUGGACUCCUGCUCAGACGUGUCGACUGCAGUGGUUGUUAUGCAGAGGUUACUGGAUGUUUGCCCCUGGGUGUCCUGGAGCAGACCUGGCAGGAACAACAGCAGGCCUGUGCAAGAUCUGUCAGCGGUGGUUGGCGGAUACCACUCAGAGAUCUCCAUCGCUGUGGCUAGACAGCUGUCCAUCAAUCAAAUCCCGCAGAUCAGUUAUGGUUCCACUACAGGGAUUCUGAGUGACAAAUCUCGUUUCCCAGCCUUCAUGCGGACAGUACCAGAGGACAACUAUCAGGCUCAGGCCAUCGUUGACAUCUUGGUGGCCUGGAAUUGGACCUGGGUGGGAGUGGUGACAACAGACGGGGACUAUGGUCGCUACGCCGCCCAACGCUUCCAAGAGCACGCAAAGGAAAAAGGCAUCUGCGUUGCUUUUUAUGAGGUGCUCUCAGACAUUCUAGACGACACAAGUCGCGAAAGGGUGAUAAACAGAACCGUCCAAAACAUCGAAAGGGACCCCAAUAUCGGAGUCAUUGUGUCCUUUGCCAAACCAGAUCACAUGAAGUACCUCAUGAGCAUGCUCUCACUGAACGCCACUGGACGCAUCUGGGUUGCCAGUGACAACUGGGCUACAUCUAGCCGUGUGGUCGAGAACCGAACACUCAGUGAGAUUGGGACUGUCAUCGGGGUCACCCUAAAAACUGCCAAUAUGUCACACUUUCAGAGGUACGUGGACGGCCUGGAUCCUGACCCGGCUGCUCACCAGAACAACACCAUACUGCAGCAGUACCUGUGGUCGGAGGGCAAGGACAUGACCCAGCCAGAGCUGGGAGCAGCGCUGAAGAAGAAGAUCUACCCAUACGCCGUGUUCAGCGUGGGGCUGGCGGUCAGAGCCAUAGCCAGGGCCGUGGCUAACCUCUGUGCAAACAGAGACUGCAGAGGGGGCAACAACUUUAAGCCGUGGGAGCUGAAGAAUGCUUUGCGGAAUUCCAAUUUUACGUUGGGGCCCGACGAUCCUUAUCUGUACAAAUUUGAUCAGCACGGUGAUCUCAACACUGGCUAUGAUGUCAUCCUCUGGAAGCAGAAUGGAGAGAAUAUAGACAUGACCGAGGUCGUGGCCAAGUACAAUAUCAGUCCUCGGGGUCUCUCCUUUGUGAAUGAAGCAAAGAUCUCCAACCUUGUGAUGUUCCCCAAGCUGUGGUCCAGGAAAAAGGAAAGUUACAGACCACAAGCCAGUUUGCUGCUUCAUUCAAAGGACUGUAUGACAUGUGAAGCUCACCAAUGGUCUGAAGAGGGCAGCAGCAGGUGUCUGGACAAAAAGAUUGUGUUUUUUGGUUGGAAAGACAACUUUGCAAUCGUCUUGUUGUCGUUUGCUGCGCUGGGCGUGCUCCUGACCCUGGUGGUGCUGGUGCUGUUUCUGGCCCAGUGGUCCACGCCCGUUGUGAGGGCAUCUGUCGGGCCCAUCUCCCUCCUGCUCCUCAUCUCUCUGCUUGGCACCUUCGUCAGCGCCGUGCUCUUCGUGGGCAGGCCCAACAACCCCCAGUGCCAGGCACGCCAGGUGCUCUUUGGCCUCAGCUUCACCCUGUGCAUCUCCUGCAUCCUGGUUAAGUCCUUGAAUAUCCUCCUGGCCUUUCAGAUUGACCCCUCAAAAAGGUUUAUUCUGGACAAACUCUUCCAGCCCUACCUAAUCAUUGCGGCCUGUGUUGCUAUCCAGGUGGGGAUCUGUACAGCCUGGCUUGUUACAGAAGCUCCCUGUGCCGAACAGAAAGACCUCGGACGAAACCAGAUUAUACUGCAGUGUAACGAGGGCAACAUGCUUUUCUUCGGACUCAUGCUGGGAUACAUCGGCCUUCUGUCCCUGAUUGGGUUUGUGAUAGCCUUUAUGGGCCGGGGGUUGCCUGACGGCUACAACGAGGCCAAGUUCAUCACCUUCAGCAUGGUCAUCUACCUCAUCUGUUGGGUGGUGUUCGGGCCCGUCUAUGCCCAUUCGCACGCGGACUUGUACCUCCCGGCCGUGGAGAUGAUCGUAAUCCUCUUCACGGCCUACGGCAUCCUCUGCACUCUCUUUUUACCAAAGUGUUACAUCAUCUUGUUCAGGAAAGAGUGCAACACCAAGGAGGCCUUUCGCCAGAACGUACGUGACUACACCCAAAGGCCGUCCCUGGAGCCACCCAGUAUCUUGCUGACGGACGAUCCCAGCUGUAAUGGGCAGUCUUAUCGGCCCCUGCAGGGGUCUAGCUCCCAAGCAUCUCUGGUGCCCAGAGAGGAGGUGCCUGAUGGACGUGUCUCACCGCUAUCAGCCGUUUCUAGUGCCCACCUGACUCCCAAAUCACCAGCACCAGGAGCACAACACACCUUCCUAACGGGGGACAGGACCACACUGGUAAACAAGCGCAAGAAGUCUCUUGUGAGGUGUGCUACUGUACAUUGA